CUUUACGUUCAGACUCGCCUGGAAGAGCCUCUAGUGGGAGUGACACUACAUCAAUACAACCCUCAAGUACGUAUCGCGUAUUUGAUAAUAGACGAAGUAUGACGAUGACUGGAGGUGGCCCGCACAGUCCGUUCCCGUCCUCUCUACUUAAGGAGUGCGAAAAAGCCCGCGACAUCCUCGAUUCUUUCCUCAAUCCGGGUAUUGCUAAUAGCACAAAUACGAAAAUUCUUCGAAAUGCUCAGGGUCUCGCUAUCUUUUCGACGUUCAAAGUAGGGUUCAUGGGCUCUGUAAGAAUCGGCUCAGGAAUCCUUGUCGCACGACUUGAUGACGGUAGCUGGUCUGCUCCAUCAGCCGUUGGCACUGGAGGGCUAGGCUUUGGCGGCCAAGUUGGUGUCGAAUUUGCAAAUUUCAUCUUCGUCUUGCCUGAUAAAUCUUCGAUGAGAGCAUUCGCUCAAUCGGGAACCUUGACAUUGACAACCAAUAUAUCCCUGGCUAUAGGUCCAGUGGGCAGAUGCGGCGAAGCCGGCAUUGGUAUAAGCUCGAAGGGAUUCGGGACAAUGUUCUCCAUGUCCAAGACAAAUGGGUUUUUCGGGGGACUCAGUCUCGAAGGAGGCACGCUGGUUGAAAGCAGAGCUGCCAACCGGAAGUUCUAUCAAAGUGAUGUCACUGCUGCUCAGCUACUGAAUGGAGGAAUUGCUCCACCGGCUGAUGCUGAGCCCUUGAUGCGGUUUUUGGCAUCAGAAGCUUUUUACCCUCUUAGGGACCGCGUCUCUGAUCUCGAGCAACCACCUCAAUCCCCGGUUGAUGGGACGGUAAAGAUUUCUACUGGAGCUGAGAACCAGCCUCCCUCUGAGGUAUCGGCCCAAGAGGCCUCGCGACAAGUACCGACUGAGGAGCACACUGAGCCUCCUUCUAUGCCAUCAGAGUUACCAGCAGGCCAGCCCGUUGAGCCAGCAGCAGAGAGCCAAGCAACGCAACCAUCAACAUCAGAGGGAGAAACACCCGCACAGGAAUCACUUGCAAAGGAAAAAUAGAAGUGUUGCACGAUCUAUUAGAUUAGCGAGCUGCUCCACCCAUCAGACCUCAAAGAAUUGAUCCCGACGGUGAUGUUUCCGAGCGAUAAUUUGAUAUCCAUAGACACCAUUUCGAGUUUCCCGUUCAGUGUAAGUCACGUAUAGAACCGAAGAUAAUACAUAAUGUUCUACAAUGCAGAAGCUUCCAGUUUUAGAUUUGACACAUAUUCCUCUUGCUCCCAGACUAUUUAGAUAUAAGCUAUAACAUUGCUUAAGAUAUAGACUUUC